CCCCUACCACCACCACCACUCUCUCCCUCUAAAACCCCCUUUGUUUCUCUCUCUAUAUUUUUUCAUUUUUUUGAAAAAUUGUCCGAUCAUAACUGAAUCAAGCUAUUCAAUGGGACGUGAUGAACCAGAGGACCUGCCAGACCCUACUUCAUUUCACGCUUUUGAUGAUCUUUCCCUCAGCAUCCGACAAAGUGGAGCUGCUGAUUAUAACGGUGAUAUCCAAGGCGGGUUCAGUUCAGGGGCUAAUGUCGCAUCCUUCCCUUUCGUAUCUCUGCCUGUGGUCCGUCCUCUUCCAGGAAAUGUUAAUGAGAUGAACAACUUUGAGAUAAACGGUUUGAAGAAUCUCAAUACCUUGCAUCAUCAACAUCUUGAACAGAAUUUAAUGAACGUCAGAAAUAUUGCACCCAGCUUUCCAUCAGAAAUGCCACAUUGCAUAGGAAAUGGUGCAGAGAUAAACCAUUUGAAUAUGAAUAACAACAUGCCGGCCUCAAAUAGUCUCAUGAAUGAAGGUGUCUUGUUCAAGGGAAUCCAGAAUCCUGGGGCGAGCAUGAAUUUUAUGCCUAUGCAAAGCAGUGGAGCUGGGUGUUUUGAAAGGACUGGGAAAGCAAGAGGUAUUAGUCAAAAUAGCUUGCAGGCAAGUGGAAGUCCUUUUGACAUUGGGUAUAACAUGCAUAAUACUAAAAGCAUUGGCGGAAUAGGAAUUCAUAAUGAUGCCAGGGUCAAUCCUGUUCCUUUCCCUUCACCAGAGAACAUUGAUGGUAGUUUUCUGACCCUUGGAGUAGGAAGUAACAUAGAGGAUAGAUCAAACCUUAAAUUCAGCAGCAAAGAGGUCAGGAGCAGACUGGAGGAAUCUGUUUUGCCACAAAGUAACAAUUCUCAUGCCCAACAAAUGAGAAGAAAUUUCCCAAGUUUAAUUCAUGGUGGUCCUGGUGGUAUUACAAAUUUUCAGUGUGAUAGUGGUGGUUUGCCAAAUUCAGCCAGGAAUUCGAGUGUUUCAACCUGCCCUUUAAACGAUGAUGAAAUUGUGCUUGCUCCGGGCUCUAGAAGCAGUUCACCUCCAUUUAUGUAUGUAACACCAGAUGCGCGACUCAACUCAUCUAACACCAGAAAUUUAGGUGCUGUUGGUAAAGCUGAUCGAAGACUCUCUGAACCUGAUCCUCUCAAGUAUGCCCAAGGUGGUUUGCCUCCUCAUCCAUUGCCAUUUAGCAGCAAUUCAACUUUACCCCCUCAUGUUCGAUUUGGUAGAAUGGCAGCAAUUCAAUCUGCUCAACCUGUUGGGGUAGCAGCUCAACCAACUCUUAUGCAGCAGAGCAACCUACAAACAAACAUUCCCAGGAAUCAAUCUUCCAUGGUAUCUCCUAUUCUCAGUCAUGGCGGCGGCAGAGUGAGGCAAGACCAUUUAGGUCAGCAAUCUUUUGUUAAUGUUCCACAUCCUUGUGGGAAUAAUGCAUUUCCUGAAGGAGUGGGAGCUCAAAUUGCGGGAUGGAGUGGCAUCCAACCUACCCCUGGCAAUCAAUUUCCUAAGAGGCUAGGUGUCCAGCUUAAUGACGGGGCUAUUUCUCAAGCUACUCGAGAAGGUGUUCUUCCUGGGACGGGAGGCAUCCAGCAAAUUAGACGGGGUAAUUCGUAUCAGUCUCAAGAUCUUGGAUCUAAAAUGCACCCCACUGCUCUUCUUCACCCCCCUUUGGCUAUGGGUCGGCAUCAAGGUGCUUCACCAGCCAAUUAUAAUGUUAGUGGAGUCCCGUAUCAUGCUGGUCAAGGCGUUCCAAUAUCAAAGGUUGAUGUGACCCCUCAGGCUUCAUAUAUUCCUGGCCACACUUCCCUUAAAAGAAGAGCAGUUGGAGCCCCUCCAACUGCUCCGACCUGUCAGCGAAGGAGAACAUUGACUCAACACAAUCAACAGCUGAUAGCGCAUCUGAGGCAGAAUACUAAUGCUCCAGUUCCUGCAUCUUCUCCUUCUCCCCAUGUAAAGUCGCAAGCAGGUUUGGAGGAAUCACCUCAACCCAUUGGAGAGAAGUGCUUGUUGUGCAAGAGGGAUGUGGCAUUCAAUCCUGAAGGCCCUAUUUCUCGACCUGCUAUUCCACCAGCCGUUGCUGUUCUUCCCUGUGGGCAUGUAUUUCAUGACCACUGCCUGCAGCUUAUCACACCAAAAGACCAGUCAGAAAAUCCCCCUUGCAUACCUUGUGCUUUAGGUGAAACAUGAUGUGAUCAUUUUACUCAAAUUGUUUUGGAUGGGGGCUUAAAUUUUGUAAUUUUGGCGUUGCAAACGAGAAUGGAAGGGCUCCCAGCUUCUUUUUGUAAAGGAUUAGGGUAUAGUUCGUCGAACUGUACAUAUAGGUGGGGUGAGAAUCGGGCCCCAUGGGUAGAGAUUAGCCCAUUAUGUAAAGUUACAUAGAAACUCAGCUUUUUGACCCCUGGAAAGAAAAAAAUAUUAAACUGGAAACUUACAAGUUACAGCCGAUCUUUUAAACAAUGACCGACGAGGAUCGGACAUAUAGGAGGUAUUUGAUCUCCUGUGCAUCUGUUGAUACAUAUACCUUCGGUUUCAGAGCUGAUAAUUUUUUUGGAUGGUACAAAUAUUGUAUAUGGCAUGUCUCUUUUCUUCAUUUUAUCA